AUGACAGUACUAUUCCAUGACAUAAUGCAUAAAGAAAUUAAAGUAUAUGUAGAUGAUAUGGUAGCUAAAUCAACAGAGAAUGAGAGUCAUGUUGAAGUCCUUAGAAAGCUAUUUUUGAGAUUGCGUAAAUAUCGACUAAGAUUGAAUCCAAAUAAAUGCAUCUUUGGAGCUCUUUCUGGGAAGUUACUGGGGUUUAUUGUGAGUCGUAAAGGGAUAGAAGUAGAUUCAGAUAAAGUGAGGGCAAUUCAAGAAAUGCCAUCUCCCCAAAUAAAGAAAGAAGUUAGAAGUUUCUUGGGACAAUUGAAUUACAUUGCUAGAUUCAUUUCCAAUCUAACAGCUACUUGCAACCCGAUGUUUAAGCUGUUAAAGAAAAAUUGUCAACGUGAUGAUUCUGGAAAGAAAUUCUUGAGCAAAAAGUUCAACGAUUGUGAAGUUCGUUAUCCAAUGAUUGGGCAAACUUGUUGUGGACUAUCAGUCAAAGGUAGUGCGAUAGCAGAUCACUUGGCCGAUAAUCCUUUAAAGGAUAACCAGCCAUUAGAUUUUCAAUUUCCUGAUGAAGGCAUAUGCACUAUAGAAGAAGGUUGUGAUGAAGGAAAUGAUGAAGAGCAAGAAUGGGAAAUGUAUUUUGAUGGAGCCACCAACAUGUAUGGAAAUAGGGUAGGAGCGGUGAUCGUUUCACCAAAAGGAAAACAAUUUCCAAUGGCCAUCAAAUUAGAAUUUGAUUGUACUAACAACAUAGUAGAAUAUGAAGCUUGUCUUAAUGGUCUUCGAGCAGCUAUUAUCCUUAGUAUACAAUGUUUGAAGGUGUUUGGUGAUUCAGCUCUCAUUAUUCAUCAAGUAACAGGAGAAUGGAGAACAAAGGAUGCAAAAUUGAUUCCCUAUCAAGAACUCUUAACAAAUUUGAUUAAGCAAUUUAAGGUUGUUAGCUUUCAUCACUUGACUCAAGAUAAAAAUCGUUUCGCGGAUGCUUUAGUUACUUUAGCAGCAAUGAUCUAA